AUGGCUCUGCAUCCUCUGUUCUUCCUCAUCCUCCUCGUUCUUCCCUCGUCAACCACUGCUCUCUACUUCAGCAAAUCGCGAUUCGACCCCAUCGACACCACCAUGGUCUACGAGGGAGGCGCAUACGCCAACGUAGGAACCAUCGAGUUCAACAGCGACACAUACAUGUGUCAAGUCGGUCACGCCACAUACUCCAGAAAGGUGCCCAUUUGGGUUCAGGACAGUGGGAAGCUCGCCGAUCUCACCUCCCACUUCACCUUCAACAUAGACCCACAAGGCCGAUCGACUUACGGAGCCGGUUUCGCCUUCUUCCUCGCGCCGCCGGACUUCCACAUCCCUCCCAAUUCCGCCGGCGGAUUCCUGGGCCUCUACAAUCUCACCACCAGCAACUCCGCGAGGAACCAGAUCCUCCACGUCGAAUUCGACACUUUCCCCAACCCGGAGUGGGAUCCUCCGUUCCAGCACGUCGGGAUCAACAACAACUCCGUCUUCUCGGCCAAUUCCACCUUCUGGAACGCCACCCUUCACGCCGGAGACACCGCCGACGUCCGGAUCGCUUACAAUUCCACCACCAAGACCCUCACCGUGUCGUGGGACUACCAGGGGAACAACUCUGCUCGCGACAACAGAACCCUAUCACUCGUCGUCGACCUCAGAGACAUUCUGCCUCCGUUCGUCACCGUGGGUUUCACCGCGACUACAAGCAGCGUCCUCGAGAGGAACGUGCUUCAGUCGUGGGAACUCAGUUCGAGCCUUGACGUCAGCCAAUCGAACGGUGACAGUACGAGAAAGAUAGCUUCCAUCGUCGCUCCCACUGCCGGCAUCCUAAUUCUGGCAGCCGCCUUGUCUCUGUUGUAUCUGUGGAGAAAGAAGAGGCAGAGGACGAAACAGAGGAGAGAAGAAAUGGAGAAGCUGAACCUGACUUCGAUCAACCACGAGCUGGAGAGAGGAGCAGGGCCUCGGAGAUUCUCCUACGGCGACCUUGCUUCAGCUACAAGCAACUUCUCCAAGGAGAGGAAGCUGGGGGAGGGAGGAUUCGGAGAGGUCUACCGCGGCUACCUCAGCGAUUCGGGGUUUCUAGUCGCCGUCAAGAAGAUCUCCAGAGACUCGAAGCAGGGGAGAAAGGAGUACAUGACCGAAGUCAAAGUGAUCAGCAUGUUGCGGCACCGGAAUUUGGUACAGCUCAUUGGCUGGUGCCACGACAGAGGCGAAUUCUUGCUGGUUUACGAGUUCAUGCCCAACGGCAGCCUGGAUUCGCACCUGUUCGGCAGGAAACCCUCACUCAGCUGGCCGGUCAGGCAUCGAAUCUCACUCGGGCUAGCCUCCGCGCUGCUCUACCUCCACGAGGAAGGCGAUCAGUGCGUGAUUCACCGCGACAUCAAGUCGAGCAACAUCAUGCUGGACUCCGGCUUCAAUGUCAAAUUGGGCGAUUUCGGGCUAGCCAGGCUGAUGGACCAUGAGCUCGGUCUGCAGACGACCGGUCUGGCUGGAACGCUCGGGUACCUGGCUCCGGAGUAUGUGAUCACCGGAAGAGCUAGCAAGGAAUCUGACGUGUACAGCUUCGGGGUUGUGGCUAUGGAGAUCACCACGGGGAGGAAAGGGGUCGAUCCGGUUUCGAAGAAGUCUCGAUUGAGCUUGGUGGAGUGGGUUUGGGAGCUGUAUGGAGAUGGGAAUUUGAUGAUGGGCGUUGAUGAGAGGCUUCAGAUGGAUGUUGAUGACGUGCAGAUACAGACUCUGAUGGUGGUUGGGUUGUGGUGUUCUCACCCGAACCAUAGUGCUAGGCCGUCCAUAAGGCAAGUGAUUCAGGUUCUGAAUUCUGAAGCUCCAUUGCCGAACCUGCCAGGGAAGAUGCCCGUUCCUCUGUAUGAGGCCGGUACUCCGCAAUCUGUCAGCUCCUCCGACGUUUUGGUCUCCAAUACUAUGACUUCAAGCAUUCAGGAUGGUCGUUAG